GUAGAUUGGAGAAGAUAUUGAAAUAUGAGUUCUGAUAAAUUCUAUUUGGGAUGGGUAUAAAUAAUGUGAUAGUGGGAAUAUUAUUAAAUAUGGAAGAUAAUCAAGAGCAGCCUGAUUUAGAGCAAACAGAUCAGACCAUACUUGACUUGAUGCAAAACCUUAAACAAAUGAAGAAACAACUUGGUUUCAUGGAGUAUUUCUAUGCCGGAGUCCUCUUUGCUCAGAACUUUCAAAAGUUUGCUGAUAAAGAUCAUCAAGAGAACAAACUUGGUGACUACCAGUUUAAAAAUAUGACCGAUCAAAUUUUGAAAGCUAGGACUUGGUCUGCACGGAUGCAGCUCUCAUUCAAACAGAAAUCUUUGUAUUUCUACAAUCAGUUUGCAAGUGAUGGUGUCUCUGACAGUAGCACCAAAGACAAUGAAGAAGUCUUUAAGAAGCCUGUUGUCAAACCUAGAAAGAGUGGGCUUAAAGAUAGUAAGAAAGCAAGCAAGAGACUUCACUUAGCUGUUGAAGAUACAUCUGCAUUUGACUCAGACCACGACAGCGAUGACAGUCAUCUUGAAAAGUCUAAGAAUGGAUACAAACGUCCUAAGCUUGUAGACUCCGAUGACUCUGAUGAUGAUAGGGACACCAAACACCAUCGAUCUCGUAAGUAUGAAGAGUCCAAAGAAGAAGCCAAACAAGACCCAUCUGAUGAAGCCAAGCAGCUUGUCGUUGGCGAUUGCAAAAUCUGUCUGGAUGACAUCCAGAUGGACGAAGUGCAAGGCAUCGACACUUGCGCCCACUUGUUCCACAAAGAGUGUUUGCAGAAGCACCUCGAAACAUCGAUCGACAGCAACAAGAUUCCGCUGGUGUGUCCGAUCGUGGAGUGCAAAGAAGAAGUUCCGUUCGGAAUCGUCAGAGAAACUUUGACGAAGGAGUAUGUGGAGCGGUUCGACUUGUUCUCGUUCAAAAUGGCUAUGAACCAGAAUGCUCAGAAGUUCAUGGCAUGUCCCACUCCGGAUUGUGAGUAUGUUGUGUGAGUUGAAGGGAAUGAUCUCAAAGCCAAUCCUAAAUUCAAAUGCAAAAACUGAGGCAUCGAGUACUGACUGGAAUGUGAGAGCGAAUGGCAUAAUGAAAUCAGCUGUAAAUUAUUCCAGGAAACAUAUGGGAAAGGAAGGCUUGAUUUCAAUGAUCAAAAGGCGAUUGACCAUGCUGUUAGCCACAACAUGAAAAGAUGCCCAAAUUGCAGACUCUGGUGCUAUAAAGUUGAUGGUUGAAACGAAAUCACUUGCAUAUGAGGAGCAUACUUUUGAUAUGGCUGAGGUAUAAGUUACGAUCAGAUGGACGGUUGAGAUUGAGGAGACUACUAAGUUUGAAUUAAAGCUAUUAAUUUAGUACAUUCAGUAACAUUCUCCUGCUUACAAAGAGAUUUCGCUUUCCAAACCGGCUUUGGCAGCUCCUUGGUCGAGGAAGCAGCCAAAGCCGGCUCAAGAAAGACCGAUUUCCAUGUAGAAUACAAGGAUUUUAGGCCUUUCCAGCCGGAUUUAUCCAGGAGAAAUCUGGCUCAAGCACAUUGAGAUCCAUGUAAUCUACAUGGAAAUCGGCCUUUCUUGAAGGCAAAGUGACGCAUAAUGAAGGCAAAGUGACGUCACUUUGCCUUUGGAAAGACCGAUAUCAAUGUAUUUGUAUAUAAUAAAUUAAAUAUGUAUGAGUUU